GACGUCCAGUAUUUUCCCAGCUCCCUGAGCUCCUUCACCCCGAACACCUCGAGGGUGGCCCGAAUUCCCUUGACCAGCGGGUCUGACUUCCUGGACCCCGAUUCGAUCAAGGUGGGCUUCAGGGUGCAGAACAACGACGGCACGCUGGCCCUCCAGCCCGCGCUGGUGGAUCCCGCGUGCUUCGUUAAGCGUGUUCAACUUUUUGCCAAUGGUCAGAGGGUCGAAGACGUGCAGGAAUACGGCCGCUGCAUGUGUCUCUACUCCUGCCUGAAACCGAAAGAGUGGUGGGACAACCGCGGCGUGGAGGGCUUCCACACGCAGAACGACAUCUUCACUCGGCCCGAGAUCAUUCCGGCCACGCGAUACCGGGACGUCCUCAUGGCCCCGUCCCUGCUCGGCCUCUUCAAGGCCGGCAAGAUGCUCCCGCCAGAGCUUAACCUGGUUCUCGAGAUCGAGUUUGCCCCGCCGGCCGAGGCGGUCAGGCCUGGUGAUGCCGGCUCCGUCGACUACGAGAUCCAGAACGUGCGCGUGCUGGCCUCGCAGGUCACGCUGGACUCCGCCCUGGUCGAGUCCUUUCGCCGCGUGUCCUCGAUCCCCGGCGCGGCCACCAGCCACAACGUGACCGUGGCACGCGCUUUCACGAAGCUUCUGGGCGCUUUCGUCACGUUUUACAACUCCACAAGCGCGGAAGGUCCUGUGCGGGACCUGCGAAACCCCAGCCAAACCGAGGGCGUUGAAGGCACCAUGGAAUCGCAGAUGCAACUGGGAUCGCUCCAGUAUCCCCACAACCCCAUGUCCUCGACGGCCGAGCACUUCCACUUCCUCUCAUCUGGCGAUUUGGCCCGCUUCAGCUUCAAAAACUUGGCUGCCGACGCGGUCGACCGCAUCUACCUGCACUUGCUGAGCUACCAGGUGGUGACCCUGUCGGGAGCCAGAGUCUCAGUCCUCGACU